UCUCCCAUGUUAUAUAGUUCGCCCUCCAAGACUAGGGUUUCUUCUCCAAACACAGAGAGAACCGGAUGGCUUCUUGGAAAAACCAGAGUUGCCAACCGAAUGCAACGCCCCACUAGUUUCGGACACCUCUUUGCUCGAGAGGAAGAUGAGCGCCGACAGCACGAGUUGGGGGUCGACAGAGCAUGAGUACGACGUGUUCUUGAGCUUCAGAGGGUCGGAUACUCGCAAGGGCAUCGCAGAUCAAGAACACCCGAUGGGCAGCCAGUUCGGCUUGCAGCUUCUGCACGCGAUCGCACAGUCCAAGAUUUCGAUCCCCGUCCUAUAUGAGAGCCAUGCUUCCAGCGAAUGGUGCCUCUGCGAGCUCGUUCAGAUGGUGGAGAACAGGAAGAACACGAGACACCUGACGGGGAGGUUGGGGGAGGCCUUCCAUUCACACAAGAUGUACUUUGAGCAAAGGGAUGUGGAGGCAGGGCAACAGGCGCUCAGAGAUGUCAGCUUCUUGAAAGGAUGGGAAUCAGAGAAAAUCGCUAAUGGGCACCUAGGAGAAUUUGUAAGGAUAGUUGUUGAGACGGUUCUGAGUGAGUUACGACAAGGUUUGCGGGUAGAUGUUCCUGAGACUUUGGUUGGAAUUGAUGAUCAUAAGAAGAUUAUUGGAUGGCUGGACACUACUUCCAACAGAAUCCGAACAAUUGGAAUUUACGGCAUUGGUGGCAUUGGCAAAAUCACUUUCACCUUCGGAGAAUUUGUGCAUCGCAGCUUCCCUCCAGAUAUUCAAUAAAGAAUUAAACAUUCUUGUCGAUGAUGUGGAUCAUAAGUGUCAACUGCUUGUUUCGACCAGAAAACAUAAUUGGUUUAUGUCGGGAAGCAGGAUCAUCGUCACGUCUGGAUACGAAGCUGUAUUUAAUCAAAGGUGAAAUUUGGAUUAGACCGCAAGUAUGACUAUCCUCAAAGUGCCUCUUAGGGUAAAUCUAGAGGGCUUCCUUUAGCUCUUGAGGUUAUAGGUUCAUAUUUGUUUGUUUAAUCCAAUAAGAAAAUAUUGGAAGAACCUCAUAGAGAUGUCCAAAAGAUAUUGAAGAUAAGUUAUGACGCAUUAGAACAUGGAUAUCAACAAAUUUUUCUCAACAUUGCUGGUUUCUUCCUCGGCAUGGAUAGUAAAUUUGUCGAAGUAUGGAGGCAUUUAUCCAGUUUGAUAAUUGAAGAAUUGAAGCUUGGAUAAAAUAUGGUGGUGAGUAAAGAGUAUAGUUAAUUAGGAGAUAUGAGACGGGGUGUUAUCUCCCUAGAAGGUUUAACAUGUGGUGGUGAGUAAAUGAUAUAGUCAAUCAAGAGAUCUUGGUAAGGACGUUGUGUGCCUAGAAGGGUGAACAAGAAAAAUGGUCUAUGGAUCUUUGAGGAAGCCUUGAAAGUACGAGAAGCGAAUAAGGGUUCUAAAAAGGUUCAGGCCAUUUGUUUUGAGAGAGAUGGCACAGAUGAUAUAGUUGACCGCGGGUGUCGAGUAUACAAAAGUGAAAAGUUUCAAAAUUUGUAGAACUUAAGGUUCCUUUAAGCAAGAGUUGUACUCAGAUUUGUCGCGGAGCACUACUUCAGAGGUCUGUGGAGGAUGGAGUUCGGUCAUGAUGGCAAAGCAGCUAAAAGUUCUCAAGCUUAUUGGUUGUGCAUAUUCAGGGUGUACUCCUUUACAAAUUUGGAGACUCAAAUCUUCAAACGAUGCAACUCAUGGGAACGAAUUCACUCUUCUAUCGGAAAGGUCAAGAGCCUCGUUUCCUUGGACUUGAGGGACUGCAAGAAUCCGGAGGAUUGAUCAGCUAUACUAGAAAUUUCUACAUUUUCAGGUUCUCUGAAGAAGUUGGAUACUCUUAAUGACAAGUAUUGUCAGUCAUUAUUGGAUUCCCUGACUCAAUAAGUAAUCUCGUAAAUUUGUCAACCCUUGACUUGAGUUUCUAUACAAAUUUCACUCAACUUCUGGAGGCCAUUGGCUUCCUCAUGAAACUGCACCAUUUAUCAUUAUAAAAUUCAUUGAGAAAGA